UUAUUGCUCAUGCGAUCCGCUUUAUAGCCUGCAAGCUUUGGGAUGAGGGUUUGAUAGACAGAGGGGUGAAAAGGAAACAGAAGGGCUGGAACAUCUUAGGCUACCAGAGGAAACACAAAAGGGCUUAAAGCAAAGUACGAUUAGAGAUACAGGAAUUACAGGAGUGAAUUAGGGAAAGAGACAGAAAGUAUCAUGGAGCGAAAAAUCCCAGACUUCUCCGGCACCUGGAAAAUGAAGAGUUCAGAAAACUUCGACGAGCUCCUCAAAGCGCUGGGUGUGAAUGUGUUGCUUCGGAGGAUUGCUGUAGCAGCGGCGUCAGACCCAUCAGUAAAAAUCACACAGGAUGGUGAGACACUGUCAAUCAAGACGUCCACCUCAGUUAAGACCACCAAUGUGACCUUCACUGUGGGGCAGGAAUUUAAUGAGAGCACAGUGGACGGACGGGCUUGCACGAGCUUUCCUCGGUGGGAGACAGACACUAAGAUCAGCUGUGAGCAAACCCUACAGAAAGGAGAUGGCCCUAAGACUUCCUGGACCAGGGAAAUUACCAAUGAUGGAGAACUGAUCCUGACAUUCACGGCAGACGAUGUCGUGUGCACAAGAGUUUACAUCAGAGAGUGAACGUAAACAAAUAGCGAAAGCAGAAAUGUCAUCGUUUGUGUCCCUCUACUUCCCUGACUAGCCCUGUUAAGGCUGACUCUUCCUGACAGAAACGAGCACGUGCCACAUUUAUCAUCUUUAGACUACAUGCUUAUUAACAUAAACAUGAAUGUAUGCAUGCAUUGACCAAAUGUAUGCGGAUGUAAGCAAUAUUACAAACACAUUCCACUAAUAAGAAGUCAGUAUACAGUAGGAUGUUACAUAUAGUCACCUUGUCUGUCUGUUCCAUGUUUGAAUGCAAGUUGAGGAGAUGAAGUUUCGUCCGUGUUUAGUUUUGUAUUUCCAAAGAUACAUUCAUGUUUUUAUGCCAGUCUAGUUUGCAGAUCAGUUUUCUCAGUUUAAUAACCAGAUGUCAACACUGUUGCAGAGGAGGAUUCUGGGACAUUAGGUGUUUUAUAUUAUGGUCCACAAGAAGGAAGCUGUUCCAAAAUUGGCGAAACUCUGAGGCACACACUAAACACGAGCCCUGGAUCCAGAGCAUUUUUAUAACUGGUGUAACUUCAACUUUUAAUCCAGGCUUUAAGAAGAGAAGUUGGCAUAAAUUCAGCUGACACUGAUGUAGUGAACCAGCAAGUUUGUCAGGUUGUCAUGCUGUGGUUAAAAUAGUCAAAUAGUCAGCUUGCGUCAAUCACAAUAUUUUGUCCUAUGUUAUGAAAUCAACUUAUCCUGUAAAGCCUUGAUAGGAAUAACUGUAUUUAGUGAACAUGUGUGACUUAUGGGAGGGGUUGGUGUAGGUGCUGUACUGCAUGACGUGUAGCUUCUUAGCAAUUUUUCUUUUAAAAAUAUUCUAUUUGCAUGUUGUUCUCCUCUUAGCCUCAUUUCCUCAACAUCUCUUCCUUUUGUUUCUUAAGGUUUUGUAUAUACAUCACUAAACUAUUAUGCUGUUGUACUUUUUAUGUGUCUUUUCUAUAAAUGUGAUCAGUAGUAACGAAGCCUGUAUGAGACUGGACAAUAAAGAGUAAAAAAAA